UAUUUUAUUUUACAAAUUAAAAAGAUAUAUCGAUUGAUUGAUUGAGGGCGGCAGGAUAAGGGCUUGUUGAAAAUUCUCAAUCUCGAUUUCCACCGGCGAUUUCGUUUUCCGGUAAGGCUUAUCAUCAUAUUGAUUAUAGGCCCUAAAUAUUCUUUAAUUUGGGGCUCAAAAGUAAGGAAAAAGAUCGUCUUAUUGGUUCUUGUUGCUUGUGUUUUCUGUAUUCAAUUGAAAAAAAAUAUAAAUAAUAAAUCUAUAUUGCUGUUUCUGUUUUUAAUUUAGGGAUAUUGAUAGGGCUUUUGAUUUAGGGUUUCAGUCAAAAAAAAAAAAAAAUCUUUCGGUCAAAAUUAGUGGCUCUCUAGAUCUGAAUUAGGGUUUUUAUUUUUCUUUUUUGUAUUUGUUUUGUUAUUUGGAUUGUUGGGUGUUUAAAAUCGGUUGUUGGUGUUUGUGUUUACUAAUUAUGGCGGCAGGACGACAGAAUGUUUCCAGAAAAAGAUACUCUAACCGUUUUGAAGAGGAAACUUACUCUUAUAAAAAACGAUAUGAUCAACGAGUUUCGAGCACCGUUUUUGCUCAAAGUUCAGGUGGAAGGAGCAGUGAUCGUGGCCGGUCUGUGCACCGACUUGAUCACGGGCUGCAGUAUAGAAACAGGGAAGGUAAUGAUUGUUUAAACUCAGGUAUUACGAAGAAAAGAAAGUUCUCACCUAUUGUGUGGGAGGAGAGAGUCGAGAAGAAGGUUGUCGUUUCGUCUACCAACUCUAUUUUUUCUGGAUUGUCCCCACCUAAUAGUAGAGAUGCGAGUAUUGAAAGAUGUUCUGUCGAUUCUCUUGUAUCUAAUGUUUCAGAUGGAGUUGAGGUACCAAACUCAUUUGCUUCAACAACACCUGAUCAACAGGUCGAGAUUGAAGAUGGGGAGUAUGUGGAUGAACCAAAAUUGUCCAAGUCAAAGUGGGCUUUGGAAGACUUGGCGACGGAUGUCAACUGUUCAAGCCCUGAAAGUGGAGAGUUCAAGAGAGAAGGCUCUGAAGGGAACGGUGUCAUGUCUUCUCUUUCUUCGGAGCAUGGGCAGCCAGAGUAUGUUGGUGAUAAGGUUUCCAGUGAUGACAUGGAUUACUAUAGCUCUGAAAGUGAAGAUGAACUUGAAAUUUCUUUACGUAAAGGGCUUGGCAUGCCUGGAGCGUGCAGGAACGUGUUUGAGUAUGAAAGGCUAGGUAAGAUUAGUGAAGGGACCUAUGGUGUUGUAUACAAAGCCAGGGAUAAGAAAACCGGCGAAAUUGUGGCUUUGAAGAAGGUCAAGAGUGGAAAGGAGAGUGAGGGUUUUCCUAUAACUGCAUUGCGGGAGAUCAGUGUUCUUAGCUUAUUGCAACACCCGUCUGUUGUAGAUGUUAAAGAGGUGGUUAUGGAUGACUUCAAUGGUGUUUACAUGGUCAUGGAGUACGUCGAUAAUGAGCUCAAAGGAUACAUGGAGCGAAUGAAGCAUCCGUUCAGCCAGAGUGAAGUCAAAAGCCUUAUGUUGCAACUCUUAGAAGGGCUGUCUUAUCUUCAUGAUAAUUAUGUGAUGCAUAGAGAUUUGAAGACAUCAAAUUUGUUAUUGAAUAACAAAGGCGAGAUGAAGAUUUGUGACUUCGGGAUGGCGCGAAGAUACUCUGGUGUUGAAAAGCCUUACACUUCCUUAGUUGUUACUCUUUGGUACCGGGCACCUGAAGUUCUUCUUGGAAUGAAGCAGUAUACAACUGCUAUUGAUAUGUGGUCGGUGGGUUGUAUUAUGGCAGAGCUGUUGACCAAGAAACCACUUUUUGACGGUAAACAGGAACUUGAACAGGUUAGCAAGAUUUUCAGCACCCUUGGCACGCCAAAUGACUCGAUAUGGCCUGGCUAUUCAAAACUGCCCGGAGUCAAGGCUAAUUUCGUGAAACAACCGUAUAGUACUUUGAAGAAGAAGUUCCCGGUAGCAAGUUUUACUGGAGCUCCUACACUUACGGAGCUGGGAUUUGAUUUGUUAAGCAGGCUUUUGACAUAUGACCCGAAGAAGAGGAUAACGGCAGAAGACGCUCUAAAUCAUGGAUGGUUUCGUGAGGCUCCUCUCCCUGCAGAACAUGUUAGGAUUUGUAGAUGAUUUUUACCCGUUCGAUCUGAACUGAAAAUUACAUUCAUGAUCUUUGUAACAUAACAUAUAUUUGAUGAAUUUCAAUAUAUUAUCAUUAAUGCA